AUGCUUGCUGACUUCCAAGUGAAGUAUGCUGAGUUUUGGCAAAACCCGACUAGUGCAUCUCGAACAUGGCUUGCUCUGUUGUUUGGGGUUCUGGGGUGCGCAGUUUGGAUUCAGCAUUCAACAGAUCCAGAGAAAGCUACAUCCGCCCCGCAUGACGAGUUCUUCCAUUAUCGAUCCCAAUGCACCAUUUCUAUGGCAAGUGCGAACUGUACCACUCCAGGAAAAUACAAAGUCGAAGCUUCCAUAAUUUACGCUGGAAUGGAAUAUCUUCAAAGCAGCAGCUCAACCACUGGAAUCUCAAUGCUUGUUGAAAUGGUAUCAUGGCAGGCCACGAUGAUGGGCUAUCACCGAGAUCCGGAGAAUUACUCCCAUAUCUCCCCUUUCGGUGGAGAGAUGAGGCGACGAUCAUGGCUUUCGCUAUCAGUAAUGGAUUGCCUGGUUGCCUGGCAGACCGGACUACCUCCUGUCCUUUUGAAAGGAAGGGGAGACACCAUAUACCCACGCAACCUUUUGGAUGAAGAUUUUGGUCCUGCAACAAAGCGUCUACCCCCUUCCCGGUCGGAAACUACGGAUCUCAGCAACAUCACAUAUAUGGUCGCUGUAGAGCGGAUGCUAUCUCUUGCGAAUAAGAUCGCUCACCUCCCAGACGGGCAACAAUCGCCAGAAAAUACAACCAGCUUGCAACAGGAGCUUGACGAAGCUUGGAGCAAGGUCCCUUCUACUUUGAGGUCAUUCAAUACCUCGGAUAAUGAUGGAAGCGCUAUGGUAAAGAUCUCCACACUUGAGAUAACUUAUCAAAGGGCACGUUGCAUCUUGUACCGUCCAUACCUAGCAAGUCGACAAGACUAUCUUUCGCAUCAAAUAUUCCAUUUUGAUUGCGUGGAUGCUGCUAGUCGAAUCCUGGACUGCCAAAUCCAAAUGUAUCAAAGUGCCUUUUCCCAACCACAAUAUCGAUAUCAAGCAUGGUUUGGUGUAUCGCGCUCGAUAUGUGAUUGUUUGACUGCUACUAUGGUGGUAUAUCUUGAGAUUAUCACCUCUAUCAAGGAAAAUGAACUGCAAGCGCACAGAAAGUCCGUGAAACUCAUAAAAUCACUGAAGUCAUCUUACGACUCGUGGAUGUCUUGCCCUCGUCCAUCCUUAGAGACCGUGAAAGCUGCUGAGCUCCUUGGGAAUAUGUUGAAUAUCAUCGGUAACCUUGACAUGAGUGCUAUUCGGCAUUCGGAACUGUCAACUAUUCAGAAGGAAGCUAAAGAAGGAGCGUCGUUGGAUGAAUCACAAUUUAGCUACGAUGACUACUCGCAAGCGGCUAUGUGGGACACUUUUACCAGUUUAUCUAGCUUCGAUCUCAUUGAUUGGGUAGGUCGUUUCUCCUUAAGCGAUAUUUCAUCUGUCACGAACUUCACUAAUAGCAAACCUAAGAACCUUUGGGAUCAAGAGAUGCAGCAAUUGAACAACAUCUCCACAGGGAAUACCUACGGGCGCAAAGGCUUUCCAGGUUAA